CCCCAGAGAAAGCAUCUUCCCAAUGGGAGAAACUAACCAUUGUUGUAAUUGCGUGUAAAAUUUUCAUUCGUGUUAGAGUUCAAUUCGGUGAUAAAGAGUUUCUGUCAAAGAACAAUUAACGAAGACUGCAUGAAGGAGAAGGAAUCGAUCGAUUGAUUCCAACAGUUGAAAACAUGGGCGAUCAUUUGGCUAGGGCCCAGGAUUUCGAGAGCAAGGCAGAGAAGAGGCUCAACGGUUGGGGUUUGUUUGGCUCCAAAUUCGAGGACGCCGCUGAUCUCUUCGACAAAUCCGCCAAUUCCUACAAGCUCGCCAAAUCAUGGGACAAAGCAGGAUCCACGUACAUCAAAUUGGCGAAUUGUCAUUUGAAGUUGGAAAGCAAGCAUGAAGCUGCCCAAGCUUAUGUUGACGCUGCGCAUUGCUAUAAAAAAACUAAUACAAAUGAGGCUGUAUCUUGCUUAGACAACGCUGUAAAUAUUUUUUGUGAGAUUGGAAGACUCUCUAUGGCUGCUAGAUAUUUGAAGGAAAUUGCGGAGUUAUAUGAGGCUGAACAAAAUAUCGAGCAGGCAGUAAUUUACUUUGAAAGAGCGGCUGAUUUUUAUGAAAAUGAAGAAGUGAACACUUCUGCAAACCAGUGCAAGCAAAAAGUUGCUCAAUACUCUGCCCAGCUAGAACAAUAUCAGAGGUCAGUUGAGAUUUAUGAAGAGAUUGCUCGCCAGUCUCUAAACAAUAAUUUGCUGAAGUAUGGAGUUAAAGGACAUCUUCUUAAUGCUGGCAUUUGCCAACUUUGUAGAGGCGAUGUUGUUGCUAUUACCAAUGCACUGGAGCGAUAUCAGGAUUUAGAUCCAACAUUUUCAGGAACGCGUGAAUAUAGAUUUCUUGCAGAUAUUGCUGCUGCAAUUGAUGAAGAAGAUGUUGCGAAGUUUACUGAAGUUGUAAAAGAAUUUGAUAGCAUGACCCCUCUGGAUUCUUGGAAGACAACACUUCUUUUGAGGGUGAAGGAGAAACUGAAAGCCAAAGAACUUGAGGAGGAUGAUCUUACUUGAAUUGGAUAAUAGUCUCCUUAUGGUUGGAUAUCUUGUUUGAUAUUUUUUUCAUCUUGUAUUAUGCUUCUUUGUCUAGUUGUUCAUCUCACUACUAAUAUAAAUUGUACUUUGCUUUGAGUUUCAAUUGAAGUGGUCUUCAUGAAUUCUUGAAAUGAAUAUGUUGAGGUAGCUAGAGUCUCA